UUUAAAAAUUAAUUUUUCCAGGAAAAACUCAGUUUUGGGGCGCCAAAAGUUGGCGGGUGGCUCAGGGGGGCCCAAAGUACGUUCAGUAAAAAUUUGGUGGCGCAACUCCCCGGAUUUUUUUGUGGAAUUUGCACGACUUUUUCUGGCGCGGAUUUUGAGUGUUUUGAACUGGGGACGCCAAACGACGCGGCGUCGCUUCCUGGUCACAAAAAAGUAAUUUUCCCAUGAAAAUUUGUCGGAAAAUGCGAGAAAAUUGCAAAAAACUGAAAUUGUGAGGGAGACAGUAUCAGUGACAUACCGUCUCAUUUUCUCUUAUACAAAAUGUACCAAAAACUUGCAGUGCCAGUGGUGGCUUUUGGAACUACAUUUAGGGCGCCAAUUUCAAAAAGUAGUGAAAAAAAGCAUUAAAUUUAUAUGGGGGCGCUACGAAGGGGGGCUCUGGGGGGAAAAUAAAUAUCGUUGGUGAAAACGGCCUGAUACCAGUAGUCUCUGUACCAAACAGAAAUUCUUUAUUUAACAAUAGACUGGAAGAGAACUGUAAAUUUUUAGUCUUUCUGCAGCAGUCGACAUUGAAAAAACCACGAUGAGUGAUGAUAGUUCCUCGACUUCCUCCUCGGACCUACAGCCGGAAGCACCAAUAGAGUCCAUUUAUAUGAUUCGCGUGAUUCUGCUGCAGUUGAAAGUCGGCCAGAAUAAGCGGAAUAAUGUCAUACAUUGCUGCGAGAAGAUUCGAGAAGCUGUGAAAAAAUACGGACCAGGAAGUGAAACGUGGACCAUAAAAAAUCGAACAAUUGUUUGCAUCCUGCCGGAAUACUUCAAUUGCCCGUACGAAUUGAAGUACUUCGCGGAAUAUGCUGAACACGUGCCGGGUGGUUUUACCAGCAAUCAGUUGUCCAUGGUAGCCGGAGAGUUGGGGAUUAAUAUAAUUGCUGGAUCAAUUCCUGAAUGUGGCCACAACGGACCCCCACCGGUUUACAGUACGUGUGCCAUUUUUUCCACCGAAGGGGAAGUUAUUGGGAAAUACAGAAAACUCCAUCUGUUCGAUGUCGAUGCUCCUGGAUGCUAUCCAUCCCGUGAAUCUGAUGUCCUUGCAGCCGGAAGGGAUUACAUAACAACCCACAUUGAUAAUGCAAUGUUUGGCGUUGGAAUUGGAUAUGAUAUCAGAUUUGAUGAGCUCGCAAGGCUUUAUCGCAAAGAAGGAUGCAAUUUCCUUGCCUAUCCGGCAACGUUCUCCGCCUCAGUUGGACCGCGGGAUUUGUUAACUCUUCAGCGUGCCAGGGCAAUGGAUACGCAGUGUUUUGUUGCAACGGUAUCCCAGGCACGAGAUGAAACGUCCAGCUUUAUCGCUCACGGACAUUCUGCUCUCAUAGAUCCCUUUGGAAAGGUCAUCGUGAGUGCAGGAACUGAAGAGGCCAUUCUUGCCAGUGAUCUCGAUUUCAACCUUCUUGAUAAGGCGCGAAGUCAAAUUCCAAUUUCCUCUCAUCGUCGAACCGACAUUUACGACACAAUAAUUUAUUAAUAAUUUAAAAAAAAAAUGUUUAUUUUGUGUAAACUUUGUGUAAAUCUUGUAUUGAAUACCCCUCAUACUUUUCCGUUUAUUUUUAGCGAUUGUGCUGAAUUUCCUUUUUGCAUUUAACUAAAAUAUUCUGUAGUUUGUAAAACCAAAAAGUGAUUAAAAUAGUAAAAUAA